CAGCGGGAGGCGGAGCGAGUCCAAAAUGGCGACUCUCAGGCUGGCGGGCUCCGUGUUGCUGAGGCUUUGAGGUGGUCGCCAGGGGUCUAGGGGACGAUUUCCCCGCCACAGGGGCCCUGGAGGAUGAAUCGGAGGCUCUGCUAAGGUUAGGCGGUGGGGCUGGAGAGAAGUGGCAGCAAGGACUGCGGUGGAGUCAACGGAACGGGAUGUGCGAGAGUUACUCCAGGUCGUUGUUGAGGGUCUCGGUGGCGCAGAUCUGCCAGGCGCUGGGCUGGGACUCGGUGCAACUCAGCGCCUGCCAUCUCCUCACGGACGUGCUGCAACGCUAUCUGCAGCAGUUGGGACGGGGCUGCCAUCGGUACUCUGAGCUCUAUGGCCGAACGGACCCAAUUUUGGAUGAUGUUGGUGAAGCUUUCCAGCUUAUGGGGGUUAAUCUUCAUGAACUAGAAGACUAUAUUCAUAAUAUUGAACCUGUCACUUUUCCACAUCAAAUUCCUUCAUUUCCUGUUAGCAAGAACAAUGUACUUCAGUUUCCUCCACCUGGAAGUAAAGAUGCAGAAGAAAGGAAAGAAUACAUUCCUGAUUACAUGCCACCCAUUGUGUCUUCUCAAGAAGAGGAAGAAGAAGAACAGGUGCCUACAGAUGGGGGCACAUCAGCAGAAGCCAUGCAGGUUCCCUUGGAAGAAGAUGAUGAAUUGGAGGAGGAGGAAAUUAUUAAUGAUGAGAAUUUCUUGGGUAAGAGACCGUUGGAUAGCCCUGAAGCUGAAGAAAUGCCUGCCAUGAAGCGACCACGACUAUUAAGUACUAAGGGGGAUACCCUAGAUGUAGUGUUACUGGAAGCUCGAGAGCCACUCAGCUCAAUAAAUACUCAAAAGAUUCCACCAAUGCUUUCUCCAGUCCAUGUACAGGACAAUACAGACCUAGCACCUCCAUCUCCAGAGCCACCUAUGUUGGCUCCAGUUGCAAAGUCACAAAUACCAACUGCAAAACCAUUAGAAACAAAGUCAUUUACAGCUAAAGCAAAGACUAAAACUACUUCUCCAGGACAGAAGACUAAGUCACCUAAAACUACUCAGUCACCAGCAAUGAUGGGAAGUCCUAUUCGGUCACCUAAAACUAUAUCCAAAGAAAAGAAAUCACCUGGACGUUCUAAGAGCCCCAAAAGCCCCAAGAGUCCCAAAGUAACGACUCACAUUUCCCAAGCACCUAUCAAACCUGAAACACCAAAUAGGACUCCUUCAACUACAAUUAGUGAAAAAAUCAAUAAAGAGAUUAUCCAGGUAAAACAAACACAAACGCCCCCUGAUGCUGGGAAACUGAACAAUGAAAAUCAGCCAAAAAAGGCUGUUGUAACAGAUAAAACAAUUGAUGACUCUAUUGAUGCUGUGAUUGCACGAGCUUGUGCUGAACGAGAGCCAGAUCCUUUUGAAUUUUCUUCUGGAUCAGAAUCUGAAGGAGACAUUUUUACAAGCCCUAAGAGAAUUUCAGGUCCAGAGUGUACUACUCCAAAAGCUUCCACUUCCUCAAACAAUUUCACCAAGUCAGGAUCCACUCCUUUGCCUCUUUCAGGUGGAACUUCAAGUUCUGAUAAUUCAUGGACAAUGGAUGCCUCAAUUGAUGAGGUUGUACGUAAAGCAAAAAUGGGAACACCUUCAAAUAUACCUCCCAAUUUUCCGUAUUUCUCUUCUCCCUCAGUUUCUCCUCCCACCCCUGAACCUCUUCACAAGGUGUAUGAGGAGAAAACCAAACUGCCUUCAUCAAUAGAAGUAAAGAAGAAGUUGAAAAAAGAACUGAAAACUAAAAUGAAAAAGAAAGAAAAGCAGAGAGAUAAGGAGAGGGAAAAAGACAAAAGCAAGGAAAAAAGUAAAGAGAAGGAUAAAGUGAAAGAGAAAGAGAAGGAAACCAGCAAGGAAACAAAGUAUCCAUGGAAGGAAUUUCUUAAAGAUGAAGAUUCAGAUCCCUAUAAAUUUAAAAUAAAAGAGUUUGAAGAUGUGGAUCCAAAAGUGAGAUUGAAAGAUGGAAUUGUGAGAAAAGAAAAAGAGAAGCAUAAAGAUAAAAAGAAAGACAGAGAAAAAGGCAAAAAAGAUAAAGAGAAGAGAGAAAAAGAAAAAGCUAAAGAUAAAGGUAGAGAAGAUAAGAUGAAAGCUCCACCAGCUCCUUUAGUAUUGCCUCCGAAAGAAAUGGCUUUGCCCUUAUUCAGCCCUGCUGCUGCAGUGAGGAUCCCGUCAAUGUUACCUUCUUUGUCGCCAAUGCUUCCUGAAAAAUUGUUUGAAGAAAAAGAGAAACCUAAGGAGAAAGAAAGGAAAAAAGACAAAAAGGAGAAGAAGAAAAAGAAAGAGAAAGAGAAGGAAAAGGAGAAGAAAGAGAAGGAAAGGGAAAAAGAGAAAAGAGAGAGAGAGAAGAAAGAAAAAGAAAAGGAGAAACACAAGCAUGAAAAAAUAAAAGUGGAGCCCGUUGUUCCAGCCCCAAGUCCGGUUAUCCCCAGGUUGACUCUCAGAGUUGGUGCUGGCCAAGACAAGAUUUUUUAAGGUCCUGAUUAUCUGAAAACUAAGAAACUAUGUGUUGAGUGCACAACUGCCAUAUCAUACCCAGGUGGAUGUAGUGUUAUACCUUCUCAAGUAUGUGUUCUCUAUCACGAUGACAGAGAAAGAAGAUUCUCCUCUUGCUCAGAUAGCAGAUGGUUUUGUUUUGUACCUAACAAACGAAGAUCCUGCCAAAGGUUUGGUGAAACAGUAUUUAAUAGUAAUAACUUAAGUCUUAGUUGUCCACUUUCUUUUUUUUAAGAGAGAACAGAAAAUAUAAACUCCAUGUUUACUGUUUUUUUUAUUCUUGAUUUUCACUGAAUCAUAUCCCAUGUUUAUUUAAAGUAAAUUAAUUGGGCGUUUUUCUUUUGUUCAUUUUUUGAGGGAAGCAUUAAGGCCUAUAGUGCUCUUACAUGAUCCUAAUAAGAUAAUGAAACAUUGAUUUUUUUAUAAGUCAUAAUAAAUCACUUUUCUUGUUCUAAAAUCAUGCUGUACAUCAUUUAAAUGAAUUUCACAAGCUAUAACUACAAGUAUUUUUUCCCAGUAAGCCUAAAAAUGGGGUAAUUUACAUUGCAAACAGUCAGAUAUUAUGUAGAAAAUAGGAUUAUGAGGUAUCCAAUUCCCAUUGAACUUUUAACCAUAAAAAGGAGAGUAGGACCCAUGAAUUUAUUAAUAGAAAAUUUGGCUUGUGUUCUAUUUCAUCUUAAAGUUUGUAUUUUAAACUGCUUCUUUUGUCAACACCAAAUAUAGUACAAUGAAAACAUCCAAUAUAAUUAUGAAAAAUGGUCAAUGAGGUCUUCCAGGACAGUAUAUACUCUUCUGAAGAUUAAGAUGGUUCAUAUUUUUCUUCUCUAAAUCAUCUGGAUAAUCUCUGUAUUACUCUUUCUGGUUGUGGCAGUAGAGAUCUAGACAGUGGGUAGUAGUACUGCUGUCAAGCUUAGAAAAUGUAACAAAAAUACUGUGCAUGUAGCUCUUUUUGAACAUGAUAUCUGGUGUAUCUUGUGCCUUCUAUAUAACCUACCAAAAUUUUAAUAAUAUCCUGGCUCAUCAACCCAGUAGAAGAUAAAGCACUAGUUAGCAAAUAGAUCUAGCCAAAGAAACUAUUCAUACCGUCUCCUUGGAAAUUCUGUGUAUGGGUUCAUUUUGCUAAGGGAAAAAUGUUCUUAUUCAUCCUUCAACAAAUACUCUUCUCCCACCAGUUCAUAUGCCUGUUUUUCUCAGUAACUCACCAUUGUUUAAUCUUUAUUCCCACACGAAAGUUUGACUUGCUCAUUCCCUUUAGAGAAACAAGGUUUGUACAAAGGCAUUGGUGUUUAUUUUCAUCUCACCUGCCCUUAAGUAUCUUUCGGUUAUUCUCUGGCUAUUUAUUCUAUUUUUCUCUUCUCAACAAAUCACCAAUACACCUAAGAUAUUGGAAGAUGUGUGAAGUAGACCCUUACUACUCUAGAAGAAAAUGUCCAAAAUUAGGGAAAUUACAAUGCCCAGACAUUCUAGACAAAUUGUCUUUGAGAAAGUGUAAUUGUAUGUAAUAUGUAAACUUUUAAGUAAAUGACCUCCAUGUUGUAUAAAGGAUUAAUCAUUUGACCAAGGGCAAAUUAGGGAAAUCCUUAUAAUGAACAAAAAGAUAAAUUAAGUGAAGUAUAUUGCAUUUUGAAUUAAAAUAAGAGAGCGAGGAAGAGACCCAAGUCAUAUAUUAGUAGAGUUUUAUAUGAAAUAUAACUUAAUCAGUAAAACGCCUUUUUUUUUUUUAAAUCUGUAUCAGGGGUCAGCAAAUUAUAGCCCACAGAUCAAAUUCAACGCUCUGCCUGUUUUAUAUGACCCACAGGCUAAAAAUGGUUUUUGCUUUUUUAAAGGGUUAAAAAAAAAUUAAGAAUAAUAUUUCGUGGCAGGUGAAAAUUAUAUGGAAUUCAAACUUCAGUUAUCUUUUAUGGUUAUAGCAUCAGGUACAUUGCUUAUUCCUUGGCAGUGAUAAUGGAAAAGAGGUAAUAAAUAAAUUCAUGUAAAUGUGCCCUUAGUUACUCAGUUGUGCACACUUGAGGGUGUACUAAUACUCUUUUGAAGUGAAAGUAAUGAGCAAGCCAGGAUUUAUAAGGGAGGGGCUUAUAUAGUCUAAAGGGGGUGUUUAUUGCUGAAGAACAGGCAGAGAAUAGAGUCUUUUGAAAUUAUGGGGGGAAAAAGCUUUACAGGGUUCAAAUUAUACCCUCUAGCCGGAAGAUCUUUACGGCAACAUUUAAUUUCUAAAUCUUCUUAAAUAAAGACGUUAUGUCUUCUGCCCGUGAUCCAGAAAAGUACUUUGAGAUUAGAUUGUUCUUCUGUUCUCUGUUGUUAUUCCAUGAAGCAAGACAGAGGUAACUUGUUUUUGUCUGACUUAACCUUCCAAAGGGGUCUAUGGUGAGUCCAAUACCUCCUCUUGAUAGCAUUACAAUUCAAGGUGACUUUGCAAGGACUUCAGAUUCCUUUAACGUGUCCCCCAGUAAUGGAUAUUCAGAGUUCUUUGAAGUCGAUAUUGAAGACAAAACUGAAAUACUAGCCCUGAAAUUAUAAUCUCAAUGCCUAUAAAGUUUAUUAGAGUGGUAUGAAUGGGAAGAAACAGCACAUUCAAGUUAAUUUCUAAAAUAUUAGAGUCCAGCCUAACAAUUACUUUAAUGCCAGGACAGCAGGGAGGUUUCAGCUUGCCCAAGAGCAGCUGCCUGGAACUAUGGUAAUAAGGAUUUGAGGUCCCACCUGGACUCAGUGGCAAAGAGUACAGUGGGUGUCUGUUUAUCUGCUAUUGUGGGAUGGACAAGUGACAGACAGCACAGUUGCUGUGUUAUUUAUCAUCCCAAUCUAAUUAUUUACUGUGUUAGUUUAUUUUGAGCAGUAUAGGAAGAGUUGGCUAACUUAUGACAUUCAUUCAUGUAUUCAUUUUUAUGAAGAAAAUAGAGCAUAGUAAUGCAAUGGAGUGUAUUAAGGACAGGGAGUGUUUAGAUAGGAUUGUCAGGAAAAACAUGGCAGAACAGCACCUGCAGCUUUUCUAAGUUUAAAUCUGUAGCUGUUUUUUAAAGCUCAAAAUUCUGUUAAAGGAGUUCCUCAUGAAAAAAGACAGUUUUGAAUAGUAGUAAAGUAUUAAACAUGUAAUAUAAAUGUGAAUAAAGAUUUGGGGAUGAAUAGUGAUGUGAAUUCGGGGGUAAACAUUCUUGUCUCACAUUUCUGAAAUGUGUCUUUUAAAGCUAUCUCCUCACUAGCACUGGGCAGGAAGUUUCUGCCCUUUUCUCCCAUCUAGUUAUUUGCUCUUCCCCCUGGGAGGAGUGAUUCUUCCGCUUAGCUAUAUCAUUUGUACCAAAAGAUGAGGUUAUUGUAUUGGAGAACUUGUGAAUUGAUCCUCCUCUGUUCUCAGGACAUUCCUGCCCUUACUCAGUGAGCUCAGCAGAGCUGGGGUAAUUAAUUGGGCUCCUCCAAACCUUCAAUAACGGUUGGUCAUUUUUUCCAAUUAAUAGCUAAUAGUAUGUUUGAGAAAUGACACAGAAAUCAUUUAUGAUGCCUUUCAGAGAACGAUAUUGUUAUCAGCGAUAAUUCUAAAUUCCCUUUUAACUGAGAGACCACAGUAGCUAUUCUGUUUUACAGACUUAACACUUUUUUUCAAAAUUGGCAGAUUUUGCUAAGAUAUUUUUCAGUGACUACAUUCUGGCACUUAUAGUUUUAUUUGUGCUAACAUUUUGAUUUCCAAUGGCAACACAGCCAUGAGUAUUACCAGAUUUCUGACAAUAAAGAUUUGUUAUUCAACAGUACACUGAUAGCAGAAGCACUGAAAAUUUGAUGCUUUUCUUUUCAUGUAAAUAAUUCAGGUUUUUGUUGCAAUUUGAAGAGUUUAGCUUAUAUAAGGGACUUUUUAGUAGUUGUAAUUUUCUAAUUAUUUAUAGGUACUAUGACAAUGGGAGCUAAAGCUUUUGUAUUUUAAACUUGAAAGACAUAAAGUGCUUAAUCUUUAAAAACAUAAAAUAUCUAGACAUAUUUAUUACCUUUGUGUGAUCCAAACUUUUCUUAUUAACACUUUUUGUCAGUACAACCAGGAGUAGAGAAUAUAUAAUCAUGAGCAAUUACAAAAAAAAAUCAUUUAAAAUAUUUUUAAAGAAAAUAAGCAUUUUAUAUUUUAAAAUUUAGCCAGAUUUAACCAAAAGACAGUUAACAUGGUGAAUUUUGUAGUGAUGUUUUAGUGAUAAGUUCUUUAGAGAAUAAUAGCAAAUGCUUUAUCUCGUUUCCUGUGUCUACCUUUCUAUAUUUGAAAUGUUUUUAUUUAUGUAUAACUUUUUUCCAGUCUAAAAGAAUUUAUGCUAAAUUAGAGAGUACAUAUAGUAAAGUUACUAGAAAAUAGAAAUAGGAAACUAAGACAAAGGAAAGGAAGAAAAGUAAAUUAUCUUGAUACAACUUAAUAUAAUUGCCAGGAUUGAAUUACAGAUAUGAUUCUAGCUUCCUGGCAAUAGGAAUCUAUCUAGGCUGAUAUGGUUCUUAGUGCUCAACGUCUCUGGUGAAGCUCUCAUUCAUAGCAUCCAUUAUCCAUCCCCAUCAGAUACUCCAGUUGGCUAGCCUGGUGUUCCAGAAGAAAAAGAAGGCUCUCUUAACCAGAAUAAGAGAUGAGGGGCAGGCAAAAGUAACUGAUAGAUUUUAUUUUAGUUAGGAAAAAAAAGUCAGAUUUAAUAAUUUUUUAAAAGCAUGCUGAGGAGGCAGGGCAAAGAGACUUUUUGGUUAAAAAAAAGUAGAAGUGAAGUUCAGGAACAUUUCCUAGCUUCAUUCUGCCAGACUUGGAAGGCUUUUCCUUUUCUAUUGUUGAUUUGUUUCCCUUUCAAUAAAACUGUCUGAUUUUGUUUGUUUGUUUUAAUUGAAGUGUGUCUAGUUUCUUUGUUUUGCCCUGGUUAACUUUGCACUGGAACUGAAACAUUUCACAGGCAUUUUGUCCAUGUUAGAAGCUAAAUAAUAGGAACAGUGACCAAACAGCUUAAGAAUGAUUAUAUCUAAAAUUUAUAGAAAAUGACUUAUAUUUAAUGCUAGUGAGAGAUACUGACCUUACAAAUGAAAUUCCCUGGCAGCUGAACAGGUAGAGUACAAGUUGUAAGUUGUAUACAUUAUUCUUGCUACCUUAUUGUACUUAUAGCUUCAGCAGACUCAAACUCAUAUAACUCAGAGCCACUUCCAAGAGGAACAGAUAUUAAAAAAAUUUCUUAUUCUGGUCUUCAGCCAUUUCUGAUUUUUCCAAAUGAGUUCUUGACUUCCUUAUAUCACUCUCUUAUUUUUACUGACGUAAAAUUAUGAUGAAGUCUUUAAGCUUAGUUUUUCCCCCUGCCAUAUAUUGUAGUUUGUUCUUUAACACCAAAGAUGCAAUAUGUUCAAGAAGAAAAAAAAUAGUAUACUGUCAGAAAAACUGGCUUUAGGUUUUGGGAAAUGCUUUCUUUUACUACACAGUAAAACAAGCAGAAAGAUUAUAAUCAAAGCAUUUCCAUCUUACUUGUAAACAAUUACAGCAAUUCUUACAUGGAUGCCACAUUAGAAGACUUGGGAAAAUUUACUGGAUUCCAUUCUAAUGCAAUUAGAGCUAAUUUUGUUCUUUAAAUGAAUAAAAGGUUAGCUAGUAAAUCAAGCUUAUCUUGAGUCCAGACUUCAAUAAAUUGUUUUAUUUAAUUUGUUGUAAAAGAUCUUAUCCUUAAUGGGUCUAGGUCUUAUUAGUUCACUUAGGUUUUAAAAUAUUUAUGACCACCUUUUUAGAUAUGAUUUGAAUGAUAGUUGGAAAGUUUCUCUCUGCAGUGUUAUCAAGACCUAGCAUCACUAAUUGAGAGAAUAUAGGAAAGUACUUAAGAUUUGUUAUCUAGAAAAAGCUGAUGUGAACUUCUAGAAUUUAAAUGUUCUUUAACUUGUGACAGGCAGAGAUAAUUUAGCUAUAUCUUAGUAACCUUUUGGAUACUAUCUGAUUAUAAUUUCACCAAAGGAUUAAACUACUCACAGUUUUGGUGUUUAAAAAGAAUAUGUACCUACUUAUGGAAACACUUAGGCUCUCUUAUUAUUACUAAGAACAACACAGCAUUUAAAUUCUUUAUAUUCUAUUAUUUCCUGACAUUUCUUGGGGCAAGAAUGUUAAAAUACUUGCAUAAGAGACUUUAGUGUGUAGUGUUUCUUCUUCUCUACUUCCACUCUGGCCUCUGUAGCUUAUAAAGUGGACAUUGUUGUCAUUGUAGGACUUCUGUGAUUUAGAAUAUGGGUAACCUUUUGUGAAUGUGGUUGUCAGAGUCUCAGCACAUGAGUUGAAGGAUAUGUCACUAUAAGAACUGACUAACUGCAUUAUCCCUGUCUGUUUGGGUUUACUCUUUAUGAUUAAGGGCUCCAAAAUUACGUCUACGCUUAUCCUCACAUUCUGUCCUCCAGGCUCUAAGAAAGAGUACAGCAUCCCUCCUUGUUUUUAAGGUCAGCUCCUCCUCAUGUUUCUCCUUGUCAUUCCAACCUUACCUGCCCCCUCUGGAACUCCGUGUACUCUUAUCUCCUUUCAUCUUUAUCUUCAUCUCCUUCCUUUCUCUCAUAUCUUUGCUUCAGCCUUGAAUUCUCCCAUCCUAAACCUUCUCACCUUCACCUCUACAUAAGAGACAGUUUAUAACUUCCUCUUCUCAUUCAGGCUUCUCAAAAUUUAUUCUUUAUAUGUACUGUCUUCCAGUUUUUCAUCCUUGAACCCACUGGUUUCUGCCCUAGAAACUUUUCUCAGACUUCUUAUUGUUGUUGUUAGCUGCCAUCAAGCUGUCUCCGACUCAUGGCAACCCCAUGUACAACAGAAUUGAAACACUGCUGGUCCUGCACCAUCCCUAUUAUCGGUUGCUGAUUGGACUGUUGUGAUCCAUAGAGUUUUUUCAUUGGCUGAUUUUCGGAAGUAGAUCACCAAGCCUUUCUUCCUAGUUUGUCUUAGUCCAUAAACUCUGGUGAAUCCUGUUCAUCUUCAUAACCAGUAUCAGUUGCCAUUGAUUGGGUUCUGAUUCAGGGUGACCACGUGUGUGUCAGAAUAGAGCUGUGCUCCA